AUGUCCGGUCUUGAUGUAGAAGCACUCCUCGAGUCCACCGCUGCUCCAGCACAGGAACCCCGCAAACCAGACGAUCACGAUGACCGUUCUCGCGCGGAUGCCAGCGAACCGCGAGACCGCGACCGCUCCCGAGAUAGACGCCGCCGCCGCGACCGCAGCCGAGAUCGCCCCCGUGAACGUGAUGCGGACGGCGAUGAGGACAUGAAAAGCCCGCGCAGCGAACAUGGCAGUGCUAACGGAAGCCAUAGAAGCCGAAAGAGGAGCAGGAGUCGUGAGAGCGACCGCCGUCGUGCUCGGCGCGACCGUUACGGCGGCGACGACCACCGCUCCAGCGGUGAUUUCUAUCGUGGUCGAGGACAGACACGUACUCGAUCCCGGUCUCCGUAUGAUGAUCGCCACUACCGCCCUUCCCGCCGAGAGCGCGAGGAUGAAAAACGCUCGCGCCGCGAUCGUGAGGGGCGCCGUCCGAGCCCUCGUGCCAAAACCCCCGAGCUCAAUGAGGAUGAGCGGGAUAAACGGACUAUUUUUGUGCAACAGCUUGCCGCGCGUCUGAGAACCAAAGAACUGAUGGCCUUCUUCGAAAAGGUUGGCCCUGUUAAAGAGGCUCAAAUUGUCAAGGAUCGUGUUAGCGGACGGUCAAAAGGUGUCGGCUACGUCGAAUUCAGAAGCGAGGAGUCCGUGCCUCCGGCGAUUCAGCUUACCGGCCAGAAGCUUCUAGGCAUCCCCAUCAUAGCUCAACUGACCGAGGCGGAGAAGAACCGCCAGGCUCGCAACCCAGAAGCUAGCUCGGGCCAAAACCACUCGGCACCAUUUCACAGACUUUAUGUGGGUAACGUCCAUUUCAGCAUCACUGAAAGUGACCUACAGAAUGUCUUCGAGCCUUUUGGCGAACUUGAGUUUGUUCAACUGCAGAAAGAUGAGACGGGUCGGAGCAAGGGUUAUGCGUUUGUGCAAUUCCGAGACCCCAAUCAAGCCCGGGAUGCUUUGGAGAAGAUGAAUGGCUUUGACCUUGCGGGACGGGCCAUUCGCGUUGGCCUUGGCAACGAUAAGUUCACUCCAGAAUCGAACACCACGAAUCGCCCGCAGAGCGCUUCCGCAAACCAACAGAGUUUCCAGGGCUCAUCAUUCUCCGGCCAUGGAGGACGUGGCGUCCAAGCUGGAGGGUCGAACAACUUUGACCGUGCGGGUGGCAGAGAAGCCGAAAAGGGCGGCGGCGCCAGUGCUCUCGAUGACACAGAUGUUGCCGGUGUGAACUUCAACAACUACAGUAGGGACGCGUUGAUGAGGAAGCUUGCACGAACAGAUGAACCCGAGCCCUCGGUCGAUGACCAACAGAAGAUGCUCCGGCCCAAGACCGAGACCAAGCCGUUGCCCGUCAAUGUCAACAUGGCAAGCCGAUGUGUGUUGCUGCGCAAUAUGUUUGAUGCUGCCGAAGAAGAAGGAGAUGCCUGGAUCAAGGAGUUGGAGGAUGACGUCCGCUCCGAGUGCGAAGAGAAAUAUGGUCACGUUGUUCACAUUUCGCUAGAUCCCAACUCUCAAGGCGACAUCUACCUGAAGUUCGACCGCGUCCAGGGCGGCGAAAAUGCCAUCAAGGGUUUGAACGGCCGCUUCUUCGGCGGCAGGCAGAUCACCGCCCAGCCCGUGGUUGAUGCCGUCUACAGCAGUCUCUUCUCGCGCACCAAGGCCAUCUAA